CCAAUCUCUCGCCUCCGAAAGUCCCCAAGUCUCCCCUCGAAUCGACAAUGGUCCUCAAGCUUUACGGUAAUCCCUUGUCGACUUAUGUCAAAAUUGUCGCAGUCGUCCUGUAUGAGAAGAACGUACCAUUUGAGUUCCACGUCGUCGACUACAGCAAGGGCGAGAACAAGACGCCUGAGUACUUGGAGAAGCAACCCUUUGGACAAGUUCCAUACUUUGAAGAUGACGGUUUUGGGAUCUACGAGAGCCGAGCAAUUGCACGACCUGAAGAAGAAGGCACUUUUCGAACAGGCUGCUUCGAUCGAAGUAAACAACUUUAACGCAUACGCAUCUCCUGCUGUUUUCGAGAAGCUUUUCAAACCUUACCUCAACCUCACGCCUGACCCUGCGGUGUACGAAAAACUGUUUAGCCAGUUGGAAGCCAAGCUCGACGUGUACGAGAAGAUUCUGUCGAAGCAGCGAUAUCUUGCUGGAGAUGAACUGACACUCGCGGAUCUCUUCCAUCUUCCAUAUGGUGUCUUGCUUCCCCAGGCCGGCUGCAACUGGACAGAGAAUAGGCCGAAUGUCGCCAGAUGGUUCAAGGAACUUACCGAGCGUGAGUCCUGGAAGGCCGUCAAGGAUGGGGUCAAGCCAAUUGCUGCUUGAUGGGUUAGAACAUUGUUUAGCCCAGCCCGAUGAUGUAGAUGACACUGCCCUAUACGAAGAUUCUGAAUCUCACUGCCCACAAAUACACUGGUUUGUUGUGAA